AUGGGCUCCCAAGCGCAGGCUGUCCGUGAUGAUUUGUUCAAGGCGGCAGUAGUUGCCGUCUUACAAACCAAGGAUCAUUAUGUUUCCCAAAGCCACCUGGACAAGUUCGGCAUCACCCUGAAGCAUCUAGACCUGAAGACUGGCGACAUCGAGCAUAAAGAGGGCACGGCCAGGCUGGCGCCCAUGCCCAGCGCAACGAUCGAGCAGAUUGUGGCGUCCAACCAAGCGAAACCAUGGGAAUUUGACGACGAUCUGUUCCCUCGUGGAAACGAGGAGUGGGAGCAAAGAGACAGAGAAGACCCUGACGCAAGAUUUUACCAAGCGCUGCGCGUGCACGACGCUCUUGGGGGCUAUGCGAGAGUGUGCGGGCAUAUUAAAGAGAACAAGUGGCGGCUCUGUCCCGACGACGCGGUUUAUUUGCAGGGAUUUGACGAGAAAAGGAGACUCUGCUACCAGCACCAGGCUGUUUGCGAGCCCUACAGCGAGCCAGGAGUAUUGGAUAGCAGCAGACCCUGCAUUGUGGCCUCUCAGCUUGACGCGACUCCCUUCAUUGAGGGCAGGCUGCUCAAGAGUGAGCUCAACGCCCUGAUCGUCCUCGCCACCAGGUACGAUGUCGAUUCGAAAUACGUCAACUGCGACGAGUAUGUUAUUACCGUCGUCACCAGCAGCGACCGAAAGGUGCGCCUCGCGCAGGGCAAGAUAAACUUGGCACGCAAGACAUUCGAUGUGAGCCUGUCGGAUGCUCUGGAUUUCGAAAGCGGCUUCGAGAAAAAUUCGGAGAAUUGGUACACCCUAUUGGGAUGGUUUGCAGGCACGAUGGCACCACCGGCGAGCUGGAGCUAG